CGCGAGGGCCGCGAGCGCCGCAACGCCGAGGCCUCGCCGCGGCGCCAGGAGCGGCAGACCUCGGAGAGGCCUCGGAGGAGGGAUGAACGUGCUGCCGCGGGGGAACGCACAGAGAAACUCUUGGAGAAGAUCCAAGGAUCCCGGGAGAAGCGAGAAUCCAAGGCGACCAAGCAAGAGCCGAACGAUGUCAACAAGGCACCACCCUUUGUGGCCACCAGGGCCAAAGCGGCUCCCAGGCGCCCAGCCACCACCACAGCGCCUCCACCAAGGCCGAAGGGAACAGCUGGAGCUGGAACGGCUGCACGCGUGCCG